AUGCUGAUUGGUCGGCGAAGGCCGCACUUGUCAUGCCUUGAUAUCUCACGAUAUUCUCGAUACUUUUGCACAUCAAGUCGAUUCGUUGCUAUGUUCAGCGCGUAGCGUUUGUUCGCCAUUGUGAAGUUCGCCGUAAUUGAUGAUAAAUAAGCCAAAAAUGGAGCGAAAUGAAGAUGUAUUAGUAUCUCGCGCGGAUUUCUCGCUUUCCCGACGUCAACGGGUGUGAAGCGAACGACUCGACAGCAACACGAGUGCGUCGUUCACGUCGCUUCGACGCAAAUACGUAUCUGUCGCGGAUUCGCAGUAUUCGCAUACGUUCAACGUUCAAUCUGACAUCGAGAGAAUCGAUAUCGCUUGCUCCCAUCCCCGCUCCAUUCCGCAGCCGUCACGUUAGUAGUGCUAGUGUAUUAGUACUCGCCUUGGCUUCGCCAGGAUUUGGUUUCACUAGUUUUUCGUUAUGUCGGGCGAGCACAAGACGGAAAUUAAAUACCCGUCGGAAUAUGUCAAAUUGAACAUCGGAGGCUCGCUUCAUUACACUACCAUAGGUACCUUGCAGAAGCAUGAUACUAUGCUGCGAGCAAUGUUCAGCGGUCGCAUGGAAGUGCUCACCGACUCCGAAGGUUGGAUAUUGAUUGAUCGGUGUGGCAAACAUUUCGGAACUAUCUUGAACUUUUUGCGAGACGGCUCGGUUCCGCUGCCAGAAAAUACGAAGGAGAUGGCUGAAUUGCUCGCAGAGGCAAAAUAUUACUGUAUCAGCGAGCUAGCAGAGUCCUGCGAACAGGCGCUUCUACGAAAAGAACGUGAAGCAGAGCCAAUCUGCAGAGUCCCUCUUAUAACCUCUCAAAAAGAAGAACAAUUACUCAUAAGCAAUACUACUAAGCCUGUGGUCAAGCUGCUCAUUAAUAGGCAUAACAAUAAAUAUUCCUAUACAAGUACAUCAGAUGACAAUCUAUUAAAAAACAUAGAACUAUUCGACAAAAUGUCGCUUAGAUUCAGUGGCAGAGUGUUAUUCAUCAAAGACGUUAUUGGCUCAAGCGAGAUCUGUUGUUGGACAUUUUAUGGACAUGGUCGUAAAGUAGCAGAAGUCUGCUGUCAUUCGAUUGUUUAUACAACCGAUAAAAAACAUACAAAGGUUGAAUUCCCCGAGGCUCGGAUAUACGAGGAAACGUUAAAUAUUUUAUUGUAUGAGCAUCGGAAUGGCCCGGAUCAAGAGUUAAUGCAGGCUACAUCGUCACGUGGCGUAGUACCUUGCACGUCCGACGAAGAAGAGGGCGAACGUUCAGGCUUGGCUCGCCUUCGCUCUAACAAACAGAACACCAACUGACCCAGUCUUAUUCUCCUCAAUCCACCACACACCGCGAUCCUUAGUGUCGUUCGUUCUUUCAAGACACGAAUUAAUAUAAAAUAAGACGAAACACGGAUGUAUACCAAAUGCGAAUGCUACAUGAUAUACUUGUUUAUCGCCUGUCAGCUGAAUCUCUUUUCGUUUUUGAAAUGUAUGGAACAUGAGGAAAACUACAGUUAACUUUGAUAAAUCAUCUCGUUACAUUUCUCACAUCACGACACUUAUUUUCGGAUAUAAUUGCGCGCUCUAAUUGUUGAAUAUAUUUAUAAGAAAAAUGCCUCCUAAUUAUCCUUCUAAUUAUUGAAGGAAAUGACAACUGUCUUAAGUUAUCUUCGCCAUUCUUGCUAUACAAGCGUGUUUAUAAAUAUGUAUGUAAAUAUGCAAUUAAGAAUGGCAUCUUAUUGAUUUCAUCUGGAAAAUUACGAAAAGAAUGUAGCGUCUAUGCGCUUACUAUUAUGUGCCAAAUCGUAUUAAAUCCACGACAGGAAUGAGUCCAAGUUGCCAUUCUGUGACUGAUGAAAUUAUUUAU